AAUAUGCACUUCAGAUAAUGUGCAAGAAAUUAAUGAAUACCGAAGACAAUUAGAAAGUGAAAAUAACACCAACGAACAGGAACCCGAUAUUCAGGAAGAACCUAACCUUGAAAAGAAUAAAGAAGCAGUAAUCAAAAGAAAACGAAAUAAACAAGCAGUCUAUUCUCCAGAUGAAUUAACUUGCUCGAUACUAAAGAAUGUAAAAUAGUUUAUUUUAUUAAGACGUUUGAUGGAAGGUGUUUUUCGACCAGAAAAAAUUACUCAUUGUACUUUAACCGGAAACCCUGGUCGAGGACAAGGACUUAAUAUCGAUGAAUGUGAACGACUUCAUCCUAGAGCUGUAGAGGCUAUAAUUAAGAAAGCAAAAUCACUGCAUAAAAGAGCUGUUCCUAAAAAAUCAUUUCUCCAUGCCCAAAAAGUACAGGAAAUAAUGGGCCAAAAAUUGUGGGAAAUGAAAGCCGCUGGAAAGGCUCGAAUAAACAAAAUGAAAAUAGAAGAAGCAGAACAAAAAAAUCAAGAAGAAACUCAACAAGAAAAUCGAAAAGAAACUCAACCACAAAGUUAA